AUGCUGGCCGCGAGCCACCCCUUUCCUGGCCGCGCGCAGCCCUACUCGCCGUGCGCUGCCGUUCCUGCCCGUGCGCCGCCCUGCCCUGCCCUGAGCGAUUUCCUAGUGCACGCGCGCCACCCUGCUCCUGACAGUGCGAAUCGCUCACAGUGGCUUACCCGUGACACUGCUGCUCGCUUAGCCGUUCGCAACCACCUGCCGUUAGCCGAGCGCGCUCAAUUUGGCCAGCACAAGACUGUUAAAGCCCUGUACGACGCAGUAGUCGCUCGUUACUCUUCCCCUGCCACUGCUGCUCUCGGCCGCCUUAUACUGCCCUACAUUUUUCCUGAGCUGUCAGCGUUUGCCACAGUCGAGGACCUCAUCACCCACCUUCGCACUAGCGACACUCGCUACCGUGCUGCCCUCACAGCCGAGUUCCUAGACAAGAACCCGCCCCCGAUGUACAUCACUCUCUACUUCAUAGUCACCCGCCUCCCUGACUCUCUUAGCGCAGUCAGGGACUACUUUCUCGCACUUGACCCCACAGACCUCACUAUCGACCUGCUCGAGAAGCACCUCCUUGCAGCUGAGACUAGCGUAGUCGCUGUAGGUGCUGCUCGUGGCACUCCUCGCACACCCUUCUUUGAGGGGUGUUCCCCCUCCCACCUUGCCCCCUCCUACACUUCUGCUGCUGCUGUUGACAUCAUUGGUACUCAGGAGGUCGGGGCUGAUUCUGCUCCUAGUGGGAAGCGCCGCAGCGGCAAGGGCAAGGGAGGCAAGAGUGGUGGAGGUGGCAGUGGGGGUGGUGGCGGUGGAGGCGGUGGAGGCGGUGGAGGCGGUGGAGGUGGCGGAGGUGGCGGUGGGAGUGGUGGCAAGAGUGGGGGCGUCGGUGGCGCCAGUGGUGGCACCGGUGGGAGUGGUGGUGGCGGUGGUGGCGGCAGUGGUGUCGGUCAGGGUGGAGGUGUUCAGAGGGGAGGUUCUGGCGGUGGCCAGAGGCAGCAGCAGUAG